CGAGGGGCAGGACGUGGAAGCGGAAGCGCUGGUCGGGGGGCGUUCUCACGAGUCCGGGGCGCAAGUCCCAGACGCUACCCAUGGAGGCGUCCAGCGAGCCGCGGCUGGAUGCUAAGUCCGAGGUCACCAACCAGCUUGUAGAUUUUCAGUGGAAACUGGGUAUGGCUGUGAGCUCAGACACUUGCAGAUCUCUUAAGUAUCCUUAUGUUGCAGUGAUGCUAAAAGUGGCAGAUCAUUCAGGCCAAGUAAAGACCAAGUGCUUUGAAAUGACGAUUCCACAGUUUCAGUUUCACUCUUGUUGGCCAGGCUGGAUGCAAUUGGAGUGCAAUGGCAUGAUCUCGGCUCACUGCAACCUCCGCCUCCUGGGUUCAAGCGAUUCUCCUGCCUCAGCUUCCUGAGUAGCUGGGAUUACAGAAUUUCUACAGACAGUUCAAGGAAAUUGCUGCAGUUAUUGAAACGGUGUGAAGACGGAUUCUUUGGUUGAUAAAUUGCUGUCAUUCUAAAGUCAGGGACUUCACUUUCUGCAACAAAACCAAAUAAGGAUGGAACAUUUAUUGAAUGAAAAAUGCACUUUUGUUUUUCCAUUUUUUUAAAUAAUAAAAAUCAGACAAACAGGAA